AUGGCCCGCAUCCCAAAACUUCGCGAAGUUCAUGGCUUCCUCCUGCUCGACAGUCAGAGAAGGUCAAUAGCCGGAGACAACACCAUCGCCAUGGCACCAAAGAAGAGCAGCAAGACCUCGGACAGCAUCAACGCCAAGCUUGCCCUGACUAUCAAGGUGCGCAAUGUUCGGAGAGCGAGCGCAAUGAGAACAUCGAUCUGACAAUCGCGACAGUCUGGCAAGGUCACUCUUGGCUACAAGUCCACCCUCAAGACGCUGCGCUCUGGCAAGGCGAAGCUCGUCAUCAUCGCCGGCAACACUCCUCCUCUGAGGAAGUCUGAGCUCGAGUGUACGUUCCGUCGAUCGCGAAAGAGAGGGAUGAGCGCAGAGACUGAUUGAAAUUGCAGACUACAGCAUGUUGGCCAAGACCGCUGUCCACCACUUCUCCGGCAACAACGUAAGACUCCCCCCUUGAUACCGUACAAGCGCCUAGCGAAGGAGCCUCAAGGCUCUGGAGGGUGCUGCUCUCUCGAGCCCAGAGAAGAAGCUUCCCGCGAGGGUAGCUUCGGAGGGAAUUACAUACUGACGUCCCAUCUCACACAGAUCGAACUCGGCACUGCCUGCGGAAAGCUCUUCCGUUGCUCCACCAUGGCCAUUCUCGACGCUGGUGACUCUGACAUCCUCAGCACCACCCCAGCCUAA